UCCACUUUACUUUGCCCAUUGCAAUACAUAAUUUUGAGUUGCUGUUUUGUGGUAGGAUUUGCCUGGUUCAAAGAAAUAGCAAAGUUCAGCUUAUUAAUUUAAUAAAAAGAUAAACUGUAGCACAUAAUGUCCGAUACAGAGAAAAAUAUACCAGAAGGGUGGGAAGUACGCAAGAGUCGUUCAACCGGAUUGACAUAUUAUUUGAAUAUCUAUACAAAGGAGUCUCAAUGGGAUUUGCCGACAGAGCCAGCAAAAAAGGAAUCAUCAGGACCCAGUGAAGUGCGUUGUUCCCAUCUGCUUGUCAAACAUAAAGGGAGUCGUCGGCCUAGCUCGUGGCGGGAAGAGAACAUAACGCGAUCCAAGGAAGAAGCACGUGCGACUUUGGAGGAUUAUCGCAAGCAAAUUGAGUCUGGUGAGAUCACACUUGCCGCCCUUGCAACUAAAUAUUCAGACUGCAGCUCUGCCAAACGUGGCGGCGAUUUAGGUCCAUUUGGCAAAGGCCAAAUGCAAAAAGCAUUUGAAGAUGCAGCAUUUAGUUUGAAGGUUGGACAAAUGUCGAAAAUUGUAGACACGGAUUCCGGAUUGCACAUAAUUUUACGAACGGAAUGAACGUGGAAUUUAAUUAAUCUGUUCAAAUCUCUUCCCCAUUUAGGACUAUUUAAAUGAAAAUGCAUUUGAACUUUAUGAAUGACUUAACCUUCCUUCUUUAUCUUAAUUCGUAAACGUUAUUUGCUUCCCUAUUACAUCCAUAGCAUGGACUCUACAAAUAAUUCAUAAAAGUCAAGUACACACAUGAAAGAAGAAAAUUAAAAUGAAUCACACUAUACUAAAAUA